AUGGCCGGCCCUCGCUGCCCGGCGUGCGGAGGCGGCUUCGUCGAGGAGCUUCCCGCGGCCGCGCUCGCCGGGCCCACCGCGCUCCACUCGUCGUCCGCGCGUGCCGACCUCUCGUUGGCCGAUGCCUGGGCGGACAUGCGCAGCGUGCUCUCUCACCGCUCCGAACGCCUGCGCGCCGAGCCGGGGUCAUCGCGGUCGUCGUCGCCGGACAUCGGCGGAAGCGCCGCCAUUGCGCGCGAGGCCGCGUCGCCCCCUCCCUCCCCCUCCCCAUCCGACGGCGGCGAGGCUUCCACUGUUCCCACCCGCGCAGGCCGCUCCCCGCGCCGACUACGCGACGCCUCUCGCCGCGUCGCCCUAGAGUCGCUCGAUCCGCUCGACGACGUGCUUCCCCUGGGCUCGCAGCAUCGCACGAGCGGUCGCAGGGAGUCGCCGGGCGGCGUGUUUAGCGACUACGGCGACGGCGAGGACGGCUUGGCGCGCUUCCUGCGCGACAUGUGGGAGGAGUCGUCGUUCUUGGAGGUCGCCACCGCGCAGCUGCGCGCCAGAAGCGCGCCGAUGAGCGACACGCGCCAGGUAGCGGGCAGUGACGAGGAGAGUAGCGACGACGGCGUGCCGCCACGUGUGGGUACAUUGAACGCAGCGCCAGCUGCAGCGGGCGUCGUCGGUGGGUCUGGCGAGUUCUCGGGGCGAGAGGGCGACUACUUCCUGGGGGACGACCUCAGCGCACUCGUGGACCGCAUUGUCACCGCGCACCCUGCGGCCCACACCAGCACGCACACGCCAGCGUCGCGGGCAGCAGUGAGGGCACUGCCACUGCGGAUUGUGCGCGAGGAGGACGUGGCGGGGGGUGUAGUGGCGUGUGCGGUGUGCCACGAGGACAUGGGCGUGGGCGCCGUGACGCAGCAGCUGCCGUGCCGCCACGCGUACCACAGCGACUGCAUUCUCCCCUGGCUUGCGCAGUCCAACACCUGCCCCGUCUGCCGCUUCCGCCUGCCCUCCCAGGCCGAGGCCGAUGCCGCCCCUACGUGCCCCUGGCACCAUGGCGCCCUGCUGGGCGCUGAGACGCGCCAGGGGGCUGGCGGUGGUAGGGGCUGGGAGGGUGAGGAGGUGGGGGACGGUGUGGGGUGGUGGGGGGGUUUGGAUGGCAGCAGUGGCGGCAGCAGGGAUGGGGAGGGGGAGUGGGGGUGGCAUGGGAUGCAGCAGGCGAGGCAGGGCGGGGGUGCAGCGUCAUGGCAUGCGGCAUCCUCCUUCUCGUCGCUGCUGCAUCAACGCAUCCACACUGCUGCCCCCACGCCCUGGAGCCAACAGUAUCAUGCCCAUGCCCAUGCCCACGCCCCUUCCCAUACCCAUCACCAUGCCCAUGCCCAUGCCCACGCCCCCUCCCAUACCCAUCACCAUGCCCAUGAUGCAUCCCACGCCCACCGCCCUGCCCGUUCGCCCUCCACGGGCCUCGGGCCCUCGGGUGCUGCCUCCUCUGACUGCUGGCCUGCCCCCUCCGCUGCCUCUUGGCGCGCGUCUGCCUCCUCUGCUCGCCCCUCGCCUCGCGCCACACACAUGCCACUGCAUGGCGCGGCGCAGGGCGGCGUUGGGGACAGGGGCGUGCGGCAGGGGGGCAUCGAGGCAGCGAGGCGUGGCAGCGAGGCAGUGAGGCGGGCGGUGGGGUCGUCGUGGGAGGCAUAUUUGAUGCGGCAGCGUGCCAGGCAGCUGGGGGGGGAGAGACUGGCAGGGGCAGCCAGGCAGCAAGUGGGGGGAGGAGGCAGGCAGGGGAGCGGUGCAAGGGAGGGGAUGCGGGGUGGUGCUGUGCAGGGGCGGGGGGAGGGCAUGGGAGGAGGAGGAAGUGAGGCAGGGCCGUCGGUGGGAGGGGCUGGGGUGAGUGAGAGGCUUCCUGCUGCUGCUGCUGCUGCAGCGUCUGAUGGGCUGGCAGUGUGGCGCCAUGACCUGAUUGGUGCAGCGAGAGGCACUGUGUUUGCUGACAGGGGGGAGAGGGAGAGGAGGUGGGGAGGUGGGGCAGUGGCGGUGAGGGGAAGGGUGCAAAGGGAGGCCACAGGGGGCAGCGUGGGUGCGAGUGGCAGUGGCAGCGGCAGCGGCGGUACGAGCUCAGAUGAGAGUUGCGAUCUCAGCGAGGGUAGCCCCUCGUCCCCCCCGCUCACUCCCUCCUCUCUGGCGCCUGUGCUUGGCAGCAGCGCACAUGGGUCCCCGGAGGGUGGUGUGGGGUGCACAGAAGCAAGGAGGGAGAAGCGGAGAGCGAGGAAGAUGCAAGGGAGGGAAGUGGAGGGUGCAGGGAGGAGGCAGGGGGGCGGCAUUGAGUGGACACCGCCCUCCCGUUCCUCCACUUCCCCCUCGCUCUCCCCCUCCUCGACCCUCUCCCCCUCCCCCUAA